ACAUUAAACAGUUGCUGAAGAAAGACUGGAUGUUUAGGCCAGAGUGCAAAAAACAGAGCAGAGAUGCCCCAACAUGCACGACACCACAACUUCAGAUAAAACAACUAGCUCAUGACUCCUCAAGGCAAAAUGUUGUCAUGUUAAAAAAAGAUGAUGAAGCUUUUGGAUUCAAAAUCAAAACGGACACUAAUUACUGCAAACUGGUAACGUGUGUAUGUUCAGUAACGAAAAACAGUCCUGCAGAGAGUGCUGGCAUAAGAACAGGUGAUGUUAUUAUAACUGUCAACAACAUGUGUGUGGAGGGUUUUUCACAUCAGCAAAUUGUUGACCUGAUUCAGAAAGGACCCUGCCUGCUCAAGUUGGGGAUUGUAAAAUGCACCUCUGUGAAACAAAAAGAACUGCAACAAAAAUUACACCACUUACAGAUGCAGCUCAAAGAUAAGUGGGAGGAGCUGCAGAGACUAAUCACACAGGAAGAACAUAUCAGAUGAGGUGACCAAAGCGAUACAGAGUGUCAGGCCUGGCUUGCAUUGGAGCAUCCCACACUCCCCUCCAGUCCUCUUUGUUGAAUCUAGCAUCCAGUGAAGAACUUCUUGGAGAAACACUUUGUCAGAGCUGUGCUUGGAA